AGACAUUUCAGCAUUCAACCAUGCGUUCUUCACAAGCCUUGUUGCGCCUUGCUGGUGGUGGUGCUUCUGCAUUGGUGGUCUUGGCCUGCACCUUGUACUUCUUUGUCGACCUCUUGCCGCAUGUUGCGGCUGGAAACUUCCUGAGAGCUUUGCACUUCACCGCCGAAUGCGUGCUGUUAGGGGGUGCAGGUGUAGCCGGAGUUCUAGCAGAAAUCAGGCCUCAUCCAUGGGUCAGUGAGAACUUUCCGUAUUUGACAAGGCUCAGCGGCCGAAGUUGUCUGUACAUCUUCCUUGGGAUGUACGUCAUUGGAAGACGAGAGCGCAGUGCUUGGGGGAGGAGCUUUGAUAUUUUCGUCGGCGUUGUGUGCUUGGCGGUGGCCACUGCUGCCAUGGUCUUUGCACGGCGUUUGAGCUCUCUCCCGCCACAAUUGCAGGAAUCGCUUGGGCGGGAGAUGCACGCUGCGUCAACGCAGCCGCAGCCCACGAUGGAGCAGAUGAGCACUUCGUGAAGGCAUGAACUUGCGAAUGCCUGGCUACAUUAGUAGGAGACUGGGCAUGCCCACACGCUCAGGGCCCGUGUGAAAGAUACAGUAUGUCAGUAUGUUGUGGCAUUGUCUCCUCAUGGCUUACCUUUGGUGCCAGGCAAAACUUGACCAAUUCAAUCCCAAAGCGGGUUGUUGGUUCAGGUCGGUAACGAACGAGCGGGAUUGCAAAAUUUCAAGCCGAACGCAUGCUUU